AUGCCACCAUACAGUAGCGAAGAAGAAGAAGAGGAAGAGGAAGAGGAGGAAGAGGAAGUUGCAGCUGUGGUUCGGAGACCCAGCGCAUUUAAGAUGGUCACUACCAAAGCACCUGAAGUUCAACAAGACAACUUAGCAACUCUUACAACCACCAAUCAGGGGAGCAAAAUUGUUGACGAAACCAAAGUGAUAGAUCAUAGCGUAAAAGAGGUCAACUUUGAUUCUGAAGAAAUUGCGAGAAAGGAAGCUGAAGCUCGUGCAAAAGCACAAGAAGAACGACGAAAGGCGGAAGAACGUCAGGCACAAGUUCGAGCUCAACAGGAGGAAGCAGUAAAACGAGCACAGGAACGAGCAUUGAAAGAAGCUCAGGAACGUGCAAAACAAGCUCAAGCUGAGGCUAAAGCUCGAGCUGAAGCUGGAAAAAAAGCUAGAGAUGAAGCCGAGGCAAGAGCUCGAGCUGAAGCUGAAAAAAAAGCUAAGGCUGAGGCCGAAGCAAGGGCUCAAGCUGAAGUUCAGGCAAGAGCUCGAGCUGAAGCUGAAGCAAAGGCUAGAAAAGCACAAAUGGAAGCUCAAUCGAAAGCUCAAGAAGAAGCAUUACGAAGGGCAGAGCAAGCCAAGGCUGAUGCACAAAAAGCAGCAAAGCAACGAGCAGCAACUCAGGCUGCUGCUUUCAAUCCUCAACCUGAUGCAGAGGUCAAAUCAAUCACAGGUCAACCCAAAGCACAUCUCGCACCAGCAACAUCGGCAGAGGAAGCUCGAGCUAAACGUGAAGCUCAGAUCAAAGUAGAGCGCGAACGUGCCGAGCAGCUUAGAGCUCAGCAGCAAGCUAAGAUGAAAGCAGCUGAGCAAGCCCAUCAAGCUCAAAAAAAUCGAAUAACAGAAGCUCAAUCCCGUCCACAACCUCAGGUACCAGCUAAGCAACCUCAGGUGCAAACUAGACAACCUCAGGUGCCGGUAAAGCAGCAGCAGCAGCCGCAGAAAGGCCCAGUAGUACCUGCAAAGCCACAACCAACAAGGGUCGAGCAGUUAGGGGCAACACGUGCAGCAUCAGGUGGUAGAUCGAUUAAACCUGAAGUGCCUGUAGGUGGAGAAAGGGGUGGAGCAGGGCAAGUGCAAGGGACUCAGAUAGCCCCUAUCAAACAUCACGAAGUAGAUUCACUCAUUCCUCGAAGUGACGGAGGUGAAGUUUACGUGAUGCGUGGUGGUGAGGUACAACAGGCUUAUCUCAGAAAGCUCUCUAAACCCGAGCAGACCUUACCCCCUCAAGAAAUCAGGUCUAUCCAACCUCAGAAUGAUCAGUUUUGGGUCACACAAAGUCGCGUGCCAAAUGUAGUUCAACCUCCUCAGCCAGCCAAAAUUGCUAUCCCAGAACUGCAUGGAGCCGUUGAAGUUAAGCAAACAGUAAUUGUUCCUCGACCUACGCAAACAACACGUGUGCAAUGGAACGAAUUCCCUCAAGAUGAAGUGAAGGAGCUGAGAGAUGUUCCGAGAGUUAAGGCUGGAGAAUGGCACCCCGAUAAACAAGAAGUGAUAGUUGGUGCUCAACCGACACGAAGUGCUUACCAACCAGGACGUAUUGGACAUAUUUGGCCACCACCACAAGAUGAAAAUAUCGCACCGCGACAAGAAGUGAAAUUGGCGAAAACAACUGAUGACACGGCUUGGAGACGUGAUGACAAAAGUGACGCUGAAUCAAAAACGAUUUGGGCUAAGGCAAUUCCAAGUAAUUUGCGUGAACAAAGGGUUUGGCCACCACCUGAAAACGAAGUUCGUGCAAAUGAGUUCAGAGGUGUUCGACUAUCAAACGUACAAUGGCCACCACCAGAAUUUGAGCAUCAAGUGCAGCAAGAGGUGGAAAUUCUCCAAACUCGGUUGCCAGUAAAACCGAAUCAACGUCAGUGGCCACCACCACCACCAGAGUACGGACGUAAGUCGACUGUGCCUAAUCCGAAACCAUUCGGAAAGUCUUCAGUAGCGAAACAAAUGGUGCGCGUUGGGUGA